AUGAACUGGGAUAGAUUACUCUUCAAUGCAGCGGUAUUUGCUGCCGGGGUACUCAUGCUAGAUUACGGCGCUGAUAAGUUCAUUGACCACACCGUUAUUAUCGGUCAGCGUCUGGGAGUUUCCCAGACCCUUAUUGCUGUACUGACUGCGGGUGCUGAAUAUGAGGAGCUUGCCGUCGUCAUUGCGGCGGUCCUGCAAAAGCAAUCGCCACUUGCAAUAGGGAAUGUGAUGGGCUCCACCAUUUCGAAUAUCCUAGGCGCCUUUUCCCUUGGCCUCUUACUCCACCCUGGGCCGAUAGAUUUCGACCGGAGUGCCAAGGUAUAUACGGCGUUGCUUCUAUCAAUCACAACCGCUUUCUCCAUCCUGGCUUACUUCAACAUGUUGAACAAAAUCACUGGUGGCGUACUAAUGGCGAUCUUUCUAAUGUAUACGAUAUGUACUUGCUAUGCAAUUCAUAAAGGAGUGAUGGAACCUCCAGAAGCUUCUGACAGCGACAGCGACAAUGAUACUAACGACGAUGAGCAUUCGUAUCUCCCAUCCAGGCCGCAAGGUAAUAUAGUGCAGGAUGAGUCAGAAACAUCUCCUCUUCUCACAAACGAGGAGAUCCUUGACUCUAGGAAGCGCGCUCCACGCUCACUUUUCUAUCAUAUCUCCCAACUCAUCAUGGGCCUGUUAGCGCUCACCAUCUCUGGUUAUCUUUUGUCACGCAGUGCGUCGGUAAUUGCAGAUUGUUUUCACCUCUCUGGAACUGUCGUUGGCCUCACAGUGGUGUCAUUCGCUACUACGUUACCGGAAAAAAUGGUUGCCAUUAUCAGCGGCUCUCGUGGACACAGUGGCAUUGUGGUAGCCAGCACAGCAGGAAGCAAUAUUUUCCUUCUGACUCUGUGUGCCGGGGUUAUUGCUCUUGCAGGACUCUCAGCGGACAAAAGAGACCGUGUCCUGCUCUUCGAACUCUUUUCUACCUGGAUAUCAUCCGUGAUGCUCUUUCUGGCUGUCUUUGUCCGCGCAAGUCGUGCUGUAGGCGCUCUGUUCCUGGUGAUGUAUGUGGCUUUCUUGAUCCUUGAGUUUACUGUGUAUAGAAGAUGA